CAGCGUCGACAGAGACCUGAAGCAGACGCCCAAGAAAACCAAAACUGCAUUUUUUUUUUUCAUCUCAAUGUCCACGCCGGCAUUCACCUGCCCCUUUUAUAUCUACCAACUUUGAAACUUAAUCAGGCCAACCCUCUUCUUCUUCUUCUUUUUCUUCGUUUCUAUUUCUCUCUCUCCGUGAAUUCAAACGGGAAGCAAAACAUGAGAUUCCAACUUUUUGCGAUUGCAGUUCUCCUCUUACUUGAGUCACCAUCAAUUUCUGCCAUACUCCUCCCCAAUAUCUCAUCAAUUCCACCGGGUUUUCUCCCUAAUGUCACAGCUCCUGCAUGGGACUCCUUCAAGAAAUUUCUCGGAUGCCGCCCCGGCGAAAAGUUUAAUGGCUUAGCCAAGAUCAAGCAGUACUUUCAUUACUUCGGCUACAUUCCUAAUUCCCCGUCUAACUUCACCGAUGAUUUCGACGACGUUCUCGAGUCUGCUCUCAGAACCUACCAACAAAAUUUCAAUCUCAAAGUCACUGGUGAGCUCGACCAGCAAACGCUUAACAAGAUUGUACAGCCAAGAUGCGGCAAUGCCGACAUAAUCAACGGCACCACCACCAUGAACUCCGGUAAGUGGACGGCGUUUAAUACCACCUCGCCCUUCCAUACCGUCGGUCACUACUCGUUCUUUCCCGGCAACCCACCUCCACGCUGGCCAGACAGCAAACGCGAUCUGACUUACUCGUUUUGGCCCGGUAAUGGAUUGACUGACCAGGAUAAGAGCGUCUUCACCCGCGCGUUUGCCCGCUGGUCAACAGUGAUACCUAUGACUUUCACUGAGACGGAUUCUUUUAACAGUGAUAUCAGGAUCGGGUUUUUCAGCGGCGAUCACGGUGAUGGAGAGCCGUUCGAUGGGGUUUUGGGGACUUUGGCCCACGCUUUCUCCCCGCCAAGCGGGCUGCUCCAUUUGGACUCUGAAGAGGAAUGGGUGGUCUCCGGCGACGUUAGCACCUCGUCGAUAUUGUCGGCGGUGGAUCUAGAGUCAGUAGUCGUGCACGAAAUUGGGCAUCUAUUAGGGUUGGGACAUUCCUCCAUCGAAGAGGCGAUCAUGUACCCUAGCAUUUCUUCACGAACCAGAAAGGUUGAAUUGGCGCAGGACGAUAUCGAAGGGAUACAGAAGCUUUACGGUAAGAACCCGAAUUAUAACGGGUCGUCGCCGUUGACACCUGCCAUUCAGGAGAGGGAAACCAAUGGGGGCCAGUAUGUACAUUCACUUCCUAGUUGGCUCCUUAUCAGUUUGUUGAUGCCAGUUGGAUUCUUUUCGCUGCUCUUUUAAUUUUUUUUUAUUUUAUUUUUUAAUUAUUGUUAAUGAGAUUGAUAUUUGGAUUCACCGUAGGAUUAGACACUUUUGUAGGCAGAUGCAGCGACAGUUCAUUUGUUAUAAAUAAUAAUAUUUUUCUACAA